CCAAGAAUUGAUAUCACUGCAAGGGGAGAGCAAAAUUCACAAUGAUGAAGUGAUUAUGACUUGUGGGAUGUGCCCUAUGGUUUUAGCCUUCCUCACAAAAGCAGCAAGAAGAAGGAAGUUCCAUGUUAUUGUGGCUGAAUGUGCACCCAAGUAUGAUGGUCACAAGAUGGCAAAAUGCUUGUGUACAGCUGGCAUCCAGACAACACUUAUUCAGGAUUGUGCUAUCUUUCCCAUGAUGUCUCGUGUCAACAAGGUCAUCAUUGGAACGCGCACUGUUCUAAGCAAUGGUGGCAUCAAGACAUUUGUUGGUGCUGCUACAUUGGCUUCUGCAGCAAAAUUUUAUUCUGUACCUCUCUAUGUUUGUACACCAACAUACAAGUUCAGCCUUGUAGCGUGUGAAGAAGUGAACCACUAUAACAGUGGCAAUCUUGUAGUCCCUCCCAGUGCCAAUCUGCCUCCUUCAGUUGAUGUGGCAGUAGCUCAGUUUGAUUAUGUUCCACCUGAGAAUGUUACUAGCUUUAUCACAAACAACCGUGGCAUUGCUCCAGCCUAUGUGUACCGGCAGUUAAGCGAGCUCUACCAUCCAACGUCAUAUGACCUUUAGAAAUAUGGUAUGUUGAUAAAUUAUACAUUCAUUUUUAUAAUGAAUGUGUGAUUAUUUUUCAAACCUUGUUAGCUUACUAAAUUUACAUGAAAAGGCAAGUUUGUCAAAAUUGAUAUUAGAAUCUUGAAAGCUUAAAUUUUUUGAUUUGCCUAAUCAUAAAUAUACUGUACAAUUUCAUUUCCUUCUGAUAUGUAAUUAACUUCAGAUUACCAAGUUUAGUUAAUUUCAUUUGUCCAGCAAUUUUUUUUCAGAUUUGCUAUAUGUAUAAGUCUAUUCAUAGUUUUUCCCCUUUAUAUUUGAUUUGACAUUGUUUGAGAAAAUCAAUUUGAUAGCAAACAAGGAAAAAUGUAUUUUUGUGUCUGUUACAUGGUAGGAAAGUGGGUAAAAAAGAAGAUAUUGGAAAUGUCUGUUAGUGCUGUGAAGUGAUGAAUUACAUCUUUGUAUUUUUUACAGAAAUAAUAAAAAAGUAUCCAUAAAAUAUA